GGCUCCACAUAAAACAACCAGCUCACUGUACAUGAAAUGGUACUCGUCUCCAACUGUUUGCUCCUCAGUCCAGCAGGACCCCAGGGCCCCAGGUGACCGUUGGCGCCGCACUCCCAUCUUUCAGCCUCUAGAGGGAGCACUGACCUCUUGUCCUCGUCCAAGUUUCGCCAACUGUGGCCUCCUGUCGUUCCACCUACCCACUCCACCUCCCUCAAUUAGAGCUGCUGGGUGGUGAAAUUGUCCUGUAUUGCCCUCCCCGCCUACUUUACGCACCUUGGCCAAUAAGGAAGCAGCAGAACUGAGAUCAAAACAUUUUUAUAGAUGUCUGAGCCAAGUGUGCCACUGUGGAAGCUCUUCCUGUAGCACCAGCAGCUGCCAGCAGAGGGUGCAGUCACAAUGAGUUUUCUGUUCAGGACCAUGGAGCUUAUUACAGCCAUGUCAGCAGCAUCGUAUUUAGAGAAGACUAUAACCUCACAACUUGAAGUUGUAGACACUUGCUCUCCAAACAUCUUGCAGACUGUUCAUCAAGUCAAAUCACCUCCUAGGGACGCACAACAACGUCAAAGCAAAUGGAAGCAAGCCACAGGAUCAGAUUGAUAACAAAGCACAAGGAGGCCAGAACCAAACAGUCUGUUCUCAACAAACACUCGAUCCGCUGUGUCCAGGAAGCCAAAAUAAAAACCCAGAGCUGCCGCAGUGAGGGAGCGUUUCCUGGACUUAUCCUUGCAGUGAAAAUAACAUCUCAGUGAAGCUACAGUGUUUACAAAAGGAGAAAAUAAUUCCCAACUCAACAUUCAGAAACCUUCUCCUGGAGUCAGACCUGAGGGAGGAGCUUACAGGAAAGUGUAGGGUGCCUGGGCUUGUACUGAUGACCGACUUCUUCAAAAAAAGAAGUUCCAGAAGUCCACGUGGGUCCAUCACCUGACCUCUAGACCAUUCAUGAGAACAAAAGCUCAACCAGGCCGGCAAACUACUGCAAAACUAUGGAUACUGGAGAUUGUCCCUUCCGGAAGAAACGGAGACCAUGGCGCAUGGACUUCUCAUCCUUCGCCCUGGUAACCUUGGCGCUCGCCGUUUGCCAAACGACCGUGGUCCGCGCAGACCCAGUGGAUGUUUUGCGGGCUCUGCAGGUUCCCUCUCUCCCCGAGGGCGUGAAGAAGGUCCCCGGCUUCUGCACAUCCCGCCGCUCCGGCAGCCCCGAUCAUGCUUACCGCAUCACCAAGAAGGCCCAGAUCUCUGCCCCCACCAAGCAGCUCUUCUCAGGUCGAUUCCCGGAGGACUUCUCCAUCAUGGCCCUGGUUAAGGCUCAGGCUGGUCUCCAGGCCUUCCUCCUCUCCAUCUACAGCGAGCAGGGCAUCCAGCAGCUGGGCAUUGAAAUGGGACGCUCGCCUGUUUUCCUGUAUGAGGACCAGAACGGCAAGCCAGCCCCUGAGGACUAUCCACUGUUCAGAGGCGUCAACCUGGCUGAUGGCAAGUGGCAUCGCAUCGCUUUCUCCGUUUCAAAGAAAAACGUGACACUGCUGCUCGACUGCAAGAAGAAGAUGACCCGCUCCCUGCCACGCGGCAACAACGCAGAGGUGGACACCAACGGCAUCACAGUGUUCGGAGCACGUCUGCUUGAUGAGGAGGUUUUCCAGGGAGACAUCCAGCAGCUUCUGAUCGCCUCCAACGCCCAGGCUGCUUAUGACUUCUGUGAACACUACAGCCCUGACUGUGACUCCCCACUGCCUAAGACCCAGGCUCAGGACCCCAACACAUACUACUUUGAUGAGGAGCAGGAUGACCAUGAAUACCCCUAUUAUUAUGAGGAAACAACAGGCGUUCCCUCCUCCUCUCCCCAACCUGAGGCUCCCAAUCAACAGGAUGUAGACACUGAAUAUUCCGAGGCUGGCCACACCCCUACAGAGACUGAUUAUUACUAUGAGGAGGCGGUCCCACAGCCAGACGGUGAGGUGAUUGGACAAGAAGAGGUCCCUGUACAGUCACAGGUGGAGCCAGUGCUGGUGGGAGAAGAGGUAGAUGCCACCAAGACAGGCGGUGUAGACGAGGAGGUCUUCACCGAGGAGUAUGUAACUGGGGACGUUGGCCUUAAGGAAUACGACUAUUCCUACAGGGACUACAAUGAGCCAUUACAGGAGACGGGAGACGGCGAUGCCAACAUGGGCCCCGCCCUGUCCGCCGUGACAGAGGAGGGAGGCGCUGGCAUCAGAGGCCAGAAAGGAGAGAAGGGAGAACCCGCUGUCUUGGAGCCUGGUAUGCUGAUUGAAGGACCUCCAGGCCCUGAGGGACCUGCUGGUCCUGCUGGCCCCCCCGGCUCUUCUGGACCUCCUGGGUCUGUCGGUGACCCUGGCGAGAGGGGUCCUCCUGGUAGGGCUGGUCUGCCUGGAGCUGAUGGAGUUCCUGGACCUCCUGGAACCUCAGUCAUGCUGCCUUUCCGUUUUGGGCAGAGUGGAGGAGAUAAGGGUCCUGUCGUUUCUGCACAGGAAGCCCAGGCAGCCGCCAUCUUGUCUCAGGCCAGGAUGGCUCUGAAAGGACCUUCCGGCCCAAUGGGUUUCACUGGACGCCCAGGACCUCUGGGAAAUCCAGGAAGUCCUGGUCUAAAGGGAGAGGGUGGAGACCCUGGUCCUCAGGGCCCCAGGGGACCCCAGGGAAUGUUGGGACCUCCAGGCAAAUCAGGAAGAAGAGGCCGUGCUGGAGCUGAUGGAGCCAGGGGAAUGCCAGGAGAGCCUGGAACUAAGGGUGACCGUGGCUUUGAUGGCCUUCCUGGUUUGCCUGGUGACAAAGGACACAGGGGUGACACCGGAGCAAUGGGACCCCCAGGAAGUCAAGGAGAAGACGGAGAGAGGGGAGACGACGGAGACAUUGGACCCAGAGGUCUCCCAGGUGAACCAGGACCUCGUGGUUUGCUCGGACCUAAAGGUCCUCCUGGAAUCCCUGGACCUCCUGGUGUACGAGGAAAUGACGGGCCCCACGGCCCCAAGGGAAACUUGGGUCCGCAAGGUGAGCCAGGACCUCCAGGUCAGCAGGGAACUCCAGGAACUCAGGGAAUGCCAGGACCUCAGGGGGCCCUCGGACCCCCUGGAGAGAAAGGUCCCACAGGAAAACCAGGUCUGCCAGGAAUGCCUGGAGCUGACGGCCCUCCUGGUCACCCAGGAAAGGAGGGGCCUCCUGGCACCAAAGGAAACCAGGGUCCCAACGGUCCCCAGGGAGGAAUCGGCUAUCCUGGCCCUCGUGGCGUCAAGGGAAGUCAAGGAAUCCGUGGGCUGAAGGGCCACAAGGGAGAGAAGGGAGAAGAUGGUUUCCCUGGAAUUAAGGGAGACUUUGGUGUCAAGGGAGAGAGGGGUGAGCUUGGAGUAUCAGGGCCCAGAGGAGAGGACGGUCCAGAGGGGCCAAAGGGUCGUGUCGGACCCCCUGGUGAGAUCGGACCAAUUGGACUAGUUGGAGAGAAGGGUAAACUUGGAGUACCUGGACUUCCUGGAUAUCCUGGAAGACAAGGACCCAAGGGAUCUCUUGGAUUCCCCGGAUUCCCUGGCUCAAAUGGCGAGAAAGGAACAAGGGGUCUUAGUGGCAAAUUAGGGCCAAGAGGACAAAGAGGACCAACGGGCCCCAGAGGGCAGAGAGGACCGAGGGGCUCGACCGGGAAACCCGGAGCGAAGGGAACUUCAGGAAGUGAUGGUCCUCCUGGUCCUCUUGGAGAGAGGGGAUUGCCCGGGCCUCAGGGAGCCAAUGGUUUCCCCGGACCGAAGGGACCUCCUGGACCACCAGGAAAAGACGGGCUGCCUGGACACCCUGGGCAGAGAGGAGAAGUUGGUUUCCAAGGUAAAAUGGGUCCACCUGGGCCUCCCGGAGUCGUUGGACCUCAGGGUCCAUCAGGAGAAACCGGCCCCAUGGGCGAGCGCGGCCACCCCGGACCCCCAGGUCCUCCUGGAGAGCAGGGACUUUCUGGUCCCUCAGGGAAAGAGGGCACCAAGGGAGACCCUGGACCCCCCGGAGGCCCCGGCAAAGAUGGGCCCCCAGGAUUGAGAGGCUUCCCUGGAGAGAGAGGACUGCCUGGAACCCCUGGAGGUGGAGGACUGAAGGGAAGUGAAGGACCUGCCGGACCUCCUGGACCUGCUGGGUCUCCUGGUGAGAGGGGACAAGCUGGUACUGCUGGACCUGUUGGACCUCCUGGCAGACCGGGCCCUCAGGGGCCUCCUGGGCCCGCUGGAGAGAAGGGAGUUCCUGGCGAGAAAGGCCCUAUUGGCCCGGCAGGUCGUGAUGGCGUGCAGGGUCCCGUGGGUCUACCUGGCCCUGCCGGAUCACCUGGAGUACCUGGAGAGGACGGAGACAAGGGUGAGGUUGGAGAGCACGGUCAGAAGGGCGCCAAGGGAGCUAAAGGAGAGCAUGGUCCUCCUGGUCCACCCGGGCCAAUGGGUCCUGUCGGGCAGCCUGGUCCUGCUGGUGCUGAUGGAGAGCUUGGACUGAGGGGCCAGCAGGGGCCUUUUGGAGCUAAAGGUGAUGAAGGAACUCGAGGAUUCCCAGGAGCCCCAGGACCCAUCGGACUGCAGGGAUUGCCGGGACCACCAGGUGAGAAGGGAGAGACGGGAGAUGUCGGUCCUCUGGGUCCUCCAGGCCCCCCAGGACCCCGUGGCCCUGCUGGACCUAACGGUGCUGAUGGUCCUCAAGGUCCUCCAGGAGGUAUAGGUAAUCCUGGACCUAUUGGAGAGAAGGGUGAGCCCGGUGAGGGCGGACCACCUGGAAUCGGAGGGGAGCCUGGAAAGAAGGGUCCUCGUGGAGAGCGCGGAGAGAAGGGAGAGGCCGGACAACCUGGAACUGCUGGACCUGCUGGAGGCCGUGGACGACCUGGAGACGACGGACCCAAAGGAAACCCUGGUCCUGUUGGUUUCCCUGGUGAUCCUGGUCCCCCUGGUGAGGUUGGACCCAGAGGUCAAGACGGUGCCAAAGGAGAGAGAGGAGAAGACGGUGAAGCAGGAGAAUCUGGAUCUCCUGGACCUCCUGGUGAGAACGGACCUCCUGGCCCCCCUGGAAAGAGGGGUCCUGCUGGAACAAGAGGACCAGAGGGACGUCAGGGAGAGAAGGGAACUAAGGGAGACCCAGGUGCUGUCGGCCCCCCAGGUAAAACCGGCCCCGUCGGACCCCAGGGUUCACCAGGAAAACCAGGAACAGAAGGUCUUCGAGGACUCCCGGGAUCAGUGGGUGAGCAAGGAUCUCCAGGACUUGCAGGGCAGAAAGGACCACCUGGACCUAUUGGACCUCCUGGUUUGCUUGGUCUGCGUGGAGACCCCGGUGCCAAGGGAGAGAAGGGACACCCAGGUCUUAUCGGUCUCAUUGGACCCCCAGGAGAGCAGGGAGAGAAGGGAGACAGAGGUCUGCCUGGGCCUCAGGGAUCCGCUGGAUCAAAGGGAGAGACUGGAAUGUCUGGAGCCACCGGACCCUUCGGCCCUGCUGGUCCUCCUGGUCUGCCUGGUCCUCAAGGUGUAAAAGGAGCUAAGGGUUCUUCUGGAGGAGCUGGUCCAAAAGGAGAAAAGGGUGUACAGGGACCUCCCGGACUUCCUGGCCCACCAGGCGAGGUCAUUCAGCCCCUGCCUAUCCAGAGGAGCCCCAAGUCUAAGCGUUCGAUCGACGCCAGCCAGCUGCUCCCCGACACAGACCCCGACAUGCUGGCAUCUGACGCCACUGGCACGGAGUUCCUGAUGGACAGUGAAGGCAUGGAGGAGAUCUUCGGCUCUCUCAACUCCCUUCGACAGGAGAUCGAGGCCAUGCGUUUCCCUCUGGGCACCAAGGACAGCCCUGCCCGCACCUGCCAAGACCUGCACCUCAGCCAGCCAGACCUCAAAGAGGGAGAGUACUGGAUUGACCCCAACCAGGGCUGCUCCAGAGACUCCUUCAAGGUCUUCUGUAAUUUCACUAACGGAGCAGAGACGUGUCUGUACCCCAGCAAGAGCAUCAACACGGUGAAGAUGAGCUCGUGGGACACAGAGACUCCAGGAUCCUGGUACAGUAAGUUCACCACUGGCAGUAAGUUCUCCUACGUGGACUCGAACGGCGUGCCUGUGGGCGUCGUCCAGCUGGGCUUCCUGCGCCUCCUGAGCGUCCAGGCCCGCCAGAACCUCACCUACUACUGCCACCGUUCAGUGGCCUGGGCCGACCAAAGCGCCAAGAACAGCUACGACAGGGCGCUGCACCUCCAGGGUGCCAACGAGGAAACCCUUAGCUACGAGACCAACCCUUACAUCAAAGCCUUGGUCGAUGGCUGCUCUUAUCGUAAGGGCUUUGACAGGACAGUCCUGGAGAUCAACACACCACAGGUGGAGCAUCUUCCUCUGCUGGAUAUCAAGGCGUCAGACUUUGGGGAGAGCAACCAGCAGUUUGGCUUUGAAGUGGGACCUGUCUGUUUCCAAGGCUAAACACACACACAUAAACACACAUCAUGCAAAGAACAACACAUGCAAAUACACACACACAUGCACUUAGAGACACACUUAUAUAUAAUAAACGCCACAUGCCCAGUAAUUUGUAAAUUAACUUGUAAAUGAUAUGAAACACACACACACACACACACACACACAAACCCACAGACACACUUUACACUUACACACGCAAAUGCUGUUGUGAGACAAACACGCACUCACACUCAAGUACGUGCCUGGGGAAAACAACAUCCUCCCAACAAUUAAUGGACGUCAAAAAAAAAAAGUAAAGAGAAGAGAAUUUGUUUUUGUUUUUUUUAAACUCGCGGAGAGGAGACCGUUGUUUGGAGCGCACGAUCGCGAGGAAGGAAGAAAAAACCAGGAGAGUGUUCUUCGGAAUAAAACAGUGUUUUCUUUACCAGCAGCGAAAAAGGGGGCCGGCCUGAGAAAAAAGGCAAGCCGGCGACUUGAGGCCUGAAGCCCCCACCACCACCACCACCACCACCUCUCACUCUUCUCUCCUCCCCGCUGUCUCUCUUUUUUUUCCUCUCAUCUCACCUGCUCUACCUCCCCCUCCUCUUCCCCCCAAAAAAGGGUCACACUCGGACAUUAUUUCCAUUUAUUUAAUCCCACCUUCACACUGCGAGCAACGUGGUUGGCGGUCACUCUCUCAUGACUGACGAGAGGCUCCUUCUGUAUGCAGCAGGUAAAAUCAUGUGUUCUGGUUCACAGCUUUGGCAUCUGUGGGGCGUUUAAUCCUUUAGUCAUUCAGAUAGAAAGUUGAGGAGUAUUUAAAGUUUUGAAUCAACUUUUUUUAUCCGUUUUGCACUUGCCAGCCAGAACUCAGAUCAAAACAGCAGACACCAAACUCUGACCUGAAAAUGACGCCAUAUGUUCGGCUGUGGCUGACAUAAAGCUUGGGGCCGCCUCAGUAAGGGCUAAUACAUCUGUUCGUCUAGUUCUGUAAAAACUGAAUAAAAGCCCAGUAACCUGUCAGUCAUGUUGCUCACAUUGAAGAGCGACUCUCAGCUCUUUUCUUUUUACGUCACAAGGUACCAAAGAAUUAAAGCCACCAGUUUCCAGCCAGAGUAAAAAGACUUCGUGAUACCUGCUGGGUCUUGUUUGUUAGAUUGAUCUGUUUUUUGUCUUGUUCGAGCUGCCACCAUGUGAAUUUUCUACUCUUUGUAAUGUUUUCUUCGUGAUGAACACCUUGCAGUUUUAUUAAAACAGUCUAAAAAUGUGAUUCAAAGCUCAAACUGAUGAUUGAAAAAUCUUCCUGGUGUUACGACAGCGAGGUUAACGUGUGACGCAGGAUUUAUUUUUCAAACUGGACAGAGGAAACUCCCUUUGAUUUGUUCGUUUGUUAACGUUGGACAAAGUGAGGCGGGUAAGAUGAUCUGUCGAUACUUACAUUAGUGAAUUUAAAAGCCAUUAUUUUUAUAAAUUGUGCUAAACUUAAUGCUACUAGCGUGUGCCUUUUUAAAAGGGCUGGUUCUUCUUCCUUAAAUCGUGAAUCAGGCUACCAGGGUCGCUACCACACACCAGUCCAGUAUUUACUGAGUCACUUUCUGGGUACUUUGAUUAUUGUUUUCCAUCCAAAACACCUUUUCUGAUUUUGCAUCCAAGCACAGAUCAUCAUCAUCAGGGUUUAAAUAUGUAUAUGAGAUUCAAAGUUCCCUCCUUUUUUCCUGCAGCAGUGAAUAAAACGCAUGCUUUACUGAAAGAAACUGUGUGGCAAGGUGCUAAUUAUACCAAAGCAUAAAGGUUUCAGUCUUUAGUCUCUCUUACAAUUUCAUGAAGCUUUUUUCUGGGGAAAAUGUGCAUUACAUUCCAUUUGUACAGAAAUAGUGAUAUUCUAUUGUAUUUAUUUAAAAUAAACAGGGUGCUUUGAGAUAUAAAAAAAAACAAGGACCACCAAAUAUUCCAUUCAAAUGUGGUAUAUUUCAUUUGUAUUUAUUUCCUGUAGCUGACACUUGAAGAUCAAGUGAAGCGGGUGACUUGCAUGUUAAACUCACUGCCAGCCUGAGUUAUGGUGCUUCUGUUCACGCCCUGUCCAAACACCUUUUUUAGAACCAAAGAAUCUGUGGCCAUAUUUUAUUGUAAUAUCCCUUUUUUAGUGUUUUCAUCAACUGUACUGUGCUGUUAAAUUUUGCUUCCACUGUAAUGAUUAAAUGGUGACUCUCCAGUUCUGUAGCAUUUCCUUGUCGUUGCUACUGUUUGUAUUGGUUCCGGGUUAUUAUUUCUCUGGGCUUUAAAAUGCUUCAUAGAAACAGUUUGCUGAGUCAUUGCUAUCAAAAUUGUCACGCAAUCCUCUGAUCUUUUAAAUUUCUGUCUGAGACCACAGCGGGUAGGAGAAAGGUUGUGAGAGGGAGGGGACAACUGUCAUCCUCCACGGAUGACUAUGGGGUGAUAUCAUUAUAGGGUUCUGGUUUUAUUUGUUUGUCUUUUUGGUUUUUAAUAGCAGUAAAUUGGGGCGGGGUGGCCAAAACCUAAACAUUUCAAAAAUCUGACCUUUAGAUUCUCCAGAGAGAGAAUGACCUCAAAUAUUUUUGUUUUUAUUGUGUUGAAGACGAACAUUUCAACAUAAAAAAUAUGGUGCUGAAAAGAGAAAAAGUAUUAUUUUAUAAUGUGUGUAAGUAAUUUUUUUCUAAAUUCUUGUUUCUGUAAUAUAUAAUCUUUUUAAAAAGA